GCUCUCUGCAACUAUCGAUUGGAACUCGUCCAGCUUCAGUGCAUAUUUUAGUGCCCCCACACUUUCGUGAUCUGACUGCUGACAUGCCGCGCGUCGCCCGUAAAGCGGCCUCGAGUGCGAUCUCGCCGACAGCGAGUCCUAGCAAAGGCAGCAAAAGACAGGUCGACAGUACUGAGCCAAGCUCCCCUCUAAGACGAUCGAAACGCACCAAAUCGCAUGAGGGGUUGCCGAAUCUGGAGGUCAAAGAAGAGCUUGAACAAGACGAGGGCACAUCCAGCAACGCUGCGUUGAAAAGAAACGCCCGUGGACGGGCUGUCAAAGUCCCCAUCAAGGAAGAGACGAUCGCGGAAGAAGUUACCAGUGUGGUUGUGGCGGACGAAGAAGCGCAGACCAAGGUCGAAAAAACGGAAGAGCCCGCACCGGCCGUGACAACCACUAAAAAACGGAAGACGAAGAAGGAGAUUGAAGCCGAGAUGGUGCCGUUGAGGGCUCGGACGCAGGGUCUGCGCAUGUGUGUGGGAGCUCAUGUCAGUGCAGCAAAGGGUGUUUUCAAUUCCAUCAACAAUAGUGUUCACAUUGGAGGCAAUGCAUUUGCUCUGUUCCUGAAAUCACAGAGGAAAUGGGACAACCCUCCACUGCAAGACGACCAUCGAGACCAAUUCCGUCGUCUCUGCAUCGACCAGAAAUAUGACGGCAACAAACACAUUCUUCCCCACGGAUCCUACCUCGUCAACCUCGCCCAAGAAGACAAAGCCAAAGCAAAGCAAGCCUACGAUUCCUUCCUCGAAGACCUCCUCCGCUGCGAGGCCCUAGGAAUCACCCUCUACAAUUUCCACCCCGGCAGCGCCAACCAAAGCCCCUUCCCCUCCGCACUCACCCGCCUCGCCAAAGCCCUCACCAACGCCCUAGCAGCAACCACCACAGUCGUCCCCGUCCUCGAAACCAUGUGCGGUCACGGCUCCACAAUCGGCGGGAACCUCAGCGACUUCCGCACGAUCCUCUCCCAAAUCCCAGCAGAAUACCACCCGCGCAUCGGAAUCUGCAUCGACACCUGCCACAGCUUCGCAGCAGGCUACGACCUGACCACACCAGCCGGCUUCACCUCCUUCCUCCAAGAAUUCGAAGACCAAAUCGGCCUGCAACACCUCCGCGCCCUACACCUCAACGACUCCAAAGCCCCCCGCGGCAGCAACCGCGACCUGCACGCCAACAUCGGCACAGGAUUCCUCGGCCUCCGCGCCUUCCACAACGUCAUGAACGAGCCGCGCUUCGAAAACCUUCCCAUGAUCCUCGAAACACCCAUCGACCGACCCCCUCCCCAAAACUCAACCUCCAAAUCCCAGGCCGCGGUACCAGACCCGGGGGUCUGGGCUCGUGAAAUCGAGCUCCUAGAGUCGCUCAUCGGGAUGGAUCCCGAGGGGGCGGAAUUCCGCGCGCUGGAGGCGCAACUGGCGGACGAGGGGAAGGAGGUGCGUGCGAAACACCAGGAGCAGUAUGAGAGGAAGAUGGAGGCGGAGGAGAAGAAGAGGUUGAAGAAGGAGGGCGGGAAGAGUCCUGCAAGGAAAGGGCAGAAGACGCUCAUGGAGAUGAUGAAUGGAGCCCCGAAGCGGGGGAAGAGGGGGGGUGGGAAGAAGGUUGAUGAUGGUGAUGAUGAUGAACAUGGGGGGAGUGAGGAUGAGGGGUGUCAGAGUCAUGCGGAGGAGGAUUGA